AUGCACGAGCAGAUGAAUUACAUGAGCCUCGUUGACUGCGCCGAUUCGUCAAGCGACCGCGCGGUGCUAUCUGGGAGCAUAACCACGAAAAAUUUGCAUGGUGAUACUUGCGAUAUAGUUGAGUGCAAACAGAAAACUAUUACGGAAAAAAAAACUCACAAGAUGAACAUCUACAAUAUAAGAUGGUUUGUGACCUUCUAUUUAGGAGCGAUGCACGUCAUCGCACUUUAUGGUCUAAUCACGUUUAAUUAUUUUCAAAAUCUGAAGACAAUUUUGUGGUCGCUUAUCCUGUACGAUAUGGGAAGUAUUAGUGUGACUGCCGGCGCUCACAGGUUAUGGAGCCACCGAUCGUACAGCGCUAAUCUACCGCUCAGACUUAUUCUUUUUAUCUUUUACAGUUCUACCGCUCAGAUCUCCAUUUUUACCUGGGCACGAGUUCAUCGCGUGCAUCACAGAUAUGUCGAUACGGAUCUCGAUCCUCAUAACAGUCGACGCGGCUUCUUCCACUGCCAUAUAGGCUGGAUUUUAAAAAAACUCAGUCCCGAAAUAAUUCAGAAGUUACAUGAAGCUGAUGUACGGGAUGUUAUGGCCGAUCCGAUUGUUGUUUUCCAGAAUAAGUAUGUUACGAUAAUAACUGUAAUAUUCUCCUACAUCUUGCCCACGCUUGUACCAGUAUACUUUUGGAAUGAGACUUGGAGUAGAGCGUUCACGUCACAAGUAAUCCGAGCGUUACUUGUGAUACACGGGAGUUUUGCCAUAAACAGCUUCGCUCAUAUGUGGGGUGCUAAGCCGUACGACAAAAAUAUAUGCCCGACAGAAAAUAUAGGUGUGAGCUUAGUUAUGGCCGGCGAAGGUUUUCAUAAUUAUCACCACGUGUUUCCUUGGGAUUACCGAGCGUCCGAGUACGGCUGGUACAUUUUAAACCACUCAGCGUUCUUCAUUGAUGUGUUCGCGAAAAUCGGAUGGGCUUACAAUCUCAAGAGACCGUCUCCCAAGCUCAUCAAACGAGUUGCUAUGGACAGAGGUGACGGCUCUCAUACUAAGUGGGAUGAAGUUCCACCAUCGUGCGAUUAAUCGUGACAAAAGUUAAUGCGAGUUUGCCAAAAUACGUUAUAU